AUGAAAGCGGUACAAGUGUAUUUGUUGUUAUAUGUUUUUUUGAUGACCAAUGUGCUGGUAAACACAUUUUUUGGCGGAAUCACUGAUAAUUGUGAUUCUGGUUGGAUAUCCUUCAAAGCAACAGGACUCCAGGCUGACCUGAAAGGCAAACUGUUUGGACAGCACAUUGCGUCCGACAUCAUCUUGAAAGCUGUAAAUGGAUUCAUGAGCAACGACAACUCAGAGAAGCCCCUGGUGCUCUCUCUGCAUGGACUGAGCGGCACAGGCAAGAGCUUUGUCACUAAGCUCAUAGCUAAACAUAUUUACAAGGAGGGAAUGGGCAGCAGAUUUGUCCAUCUUUUCAUAUCCUUACUUCACUUCCCUCAUUCAAGUCAAAUUGAUACCUACAAGUCUCAGUUACAGCAGUGGAUCAAAGGCAAUGUCACCGACUGUGGACGCUCCAUGUUCAUCUUUGAUGAGGUGGACAAGAUGCAUCCCGGCUUGAUUGACAGUAUUAAGCCGUACCUGGACAACUACAACAACGUGGACGGCGUUUCUUAUCAGAAAGUUAUCUUCAUCUUCCUCAGCAAUGAUGGAACACAGCGCAUUACAGAAAUGGCUUUAGAUUUCUGGAGAGAAGGACGAGAUCGAGAAGAGAUCGAGUUUAAAGACCUUGAAACAUCUCUCUCUACAUCAGCUUUUACUAACAAGCAGAGUGGUUUUCUGCAUUCAAGCUUGAUUGAGCAGAGCAUGAUAGACUACUUCAUCCCAUUUCUUCCUCUGGAGUACACACACGUUGUUCAAUGUGUCAUGGCUCAGAUGAAAGCCAACGGACUGGAGCCAGACCAGAAUGAAGCAUACAAGGUUGCCAGAGAUUUUAAGUAUUUCCCUAAAUUUGAAAGAGUGUUCUCUGUCAGAGGCUGCAAAACAGUCAUUAAUAGACUGAGCCAGAUUUCCCCCCAUCACUAUGAGUUUAGGAAGAGUUCCAUUGAUUUAGUUUAG